AUAAACGUAUGCUUUCUCUUUCUCUCUCUAAAAAACCUUACUUUCAAAUUUCAAACAUGGCUUCCACCUUCCUCCUCCUUCUCUUCUUCAUCACCACCACCACCACAGUCACCGCCCAAACUCCUCCAGCACCUGCACCAUCACCAUCCUCCGCCACCUGCAACGGCGUCUUCCUAUCCUACUCAUACAGUUCCGGAGCCCAAAUCCCACCAAAACUCAAAUCCGACCCCUCCAAACAACCUUACCGCUUCAAAUCCACACUCUCUGUACUCAACAACGCCGCCGAGGAGCUUAAAUCAUGGAGGGUUUUUGUUGGAUUUCAGCAUGAUGAAUACCUGGUGUCCGCUUCUAACGCUGUCAUUGCCGACGGCUCCGCUACUCUUCCUGGUCCGGUCGGAAACGGGACAGUUUUCGCUGGGUUUCCGAAUUCUGACCUCAAAACCGCCAUUGAGACUGCCGGAGAUCUGACUCAAAUGUCCGUGCAGGUGAAAUUUCUUGGUACACAGUUCGGAGUCGCGUCACCGGAUGUUCCCAUGCCUAAUAACAUCUCUCUCGUGAACGAUGGGUUUAUCUGUUCUGUACCUACUAUGCAAGGGAUUAGAGUAAUGGAAGUUUGUUGUAUAAAAGAUCCAAACGCAAUAACGAACGUAACUCUCCCCGACGAGUUUCUUCCUCGGCAAACCGGCGACCUGACGAUCAUGUACGACGUGAUUCGCACCUACGAAUCCAAUUACUGGGCCGCCGUCACCAUCGAAAACCACAACCCUCUCGGCCGCCUCGAUAACUGGAAUCUGACAUGGGACUGGAUGCGAGAUGAGUUCAUCGGAGAUAUAAAAGGUGCGUAUCCCUUCACUCGGGAUUCAUCCAGUUGCAUAUUCGGCCCACAGGGUGCGUUUUACACAUCAAUGGAUUUCUCCAACGUUUUGAACUGUGAACGCCGACCAACAUUGAUCGAUUUACCCCUCGAGAUGACCAACAAUACCCAAAUCGGAAACAUCCCGUUUUGUUGCCGGAACGGCACCAUCCUCCCGCCGACGAUGGACCCAAGCAAGUCAAAAUCGGCAUUCCAGAUACAAGUCUACAAAAUGCCACCGGAUAUCAACCGGUCGGAGCUCGUUCCGCCGCAAAACUUCAAGAUAAACGGCCGGUUGAACCCGGAUUAUAACUGCGGCCCGCCGGUACGAGUCAGCCCGAGUGAGUCACCGGACUCUGGCGGACUACCUGGUUCGACGGCGGUUUCGAGCUGGCAACUCGUCUGUAAUAUAACUCAACCUAAAGGUUCGAGUCCACGAUGCUGUGUGUCGUUUUCGGCGUAUUACAAUGAGUCGAUUAUCCCGUGUCCGACUUGUGCUUGUGGCUGCCGGAAUACGAAUCCGGGAACGUGCAGCGCCGCCGCACCGGCGCUAUUUCUUCCGUCGCAGGCUCUUUUAGUUCCGUUCGAAAACCGAACUGCACUGGCCACCGCUUGGGCUCACCUGAAACACCGAAACGUACCGAGUCCGUUGCCAUGUCCGGACAACUGUGGAGUUAGCAUCAACUGGCACCUGCUCACGGACUUUCGCGACGGAUGGUCUUCCCGGUUGACUCUGUUCAAUUGGGAAGAUGAGGCUUUCGCCGACUGGUUUGUGGCGGUGGAAAUGGACAAAUCUACACCGGGGUUCGAGAAAGCGUACUCGUUCAACGGGACGAUUCUGGAGGUGAACCGAAAGAACGACACGGUUUUGAUGCAGGGUCUUCCCGGACUGAACUAUCUCGUCGGAGAAGUAGAUGGGGCAAACCCGGAAAAAGAUCCUCGGGUACCUGGAAAACAGCAAUCGGUGCUUUCGUUCACGACGAAGAAGAUGUCGGGGAUUAAUGUGGCCGGCGGCGAUGGGUUUCCGACUAAAGUUUUCUUCAACGGGGAGGAGUGUGCGCUUCCGGGAAUAAUUCCGACGAAUGAUUCUCACCGGAAGAAGUUGGAAGGAGUGUUUUCAGUGGUUUUAGCGAUUAUUGUAUUGGUGUUAAUGCAGCAUUGACAUGACAUCCAUUGAUGUCGAUUUUCGAUUUCUUGAUUUUUUUCUUUCGAAUGAUUUUGGGUC